AUGUUUGAAAAAUCUUCGAUUUCGGUGACAGUCCGGGUGCGUCCGUUUAGCAUUCGAGAAGCCGCUCAAGUGACACGAAUUGAAGAUUCACCAUCAUUUUUUGGCGAUGGCUCUCUUAUUGCAGCGCCUCCUCCAAAGCUUUCAGGGAAAGGUAUUCGAAGUGUAGUCAAAGUUAUAGAUGAUCGUGUCCUAGUAUUCGAUCCCCCGGAAGGAAAUCCUGUUGCACGAUAUCAGAAGACGAUUGUUCCGCAAGGAAAGAGAGUCAAGGAUAUGCGAUUUGGCUUUGAUAGGGUUUUCGAUGAGAAUGCUACUCAGGAGGACGUUUACGAAGCUACAACAAAGUCGCUCCUGGACAGUGUAUUGGACGGAUACAAUGCUACGGUGUUUGCUUAUGGAGCUACUGGAUGCGGAAAGACACACACUAUCAGUGGAACCCCACAACGCCCUGGGAUAAUUUUCCUUACCUGCGCAGAGCUAUUCGAGAGAAUCGGGUUAUUGGCAGACGAGAAAGAAAUCGAAUUGACGCUUUCGUAUCUCGAAAUCUACAAUGAGACUAUUCGAGAUCUUUUGGUCCCAGGUGGGAGCAAGAUGGGAUUGCAGCUUCGGGAGGACUCGAGCCAGAAUAUCUCCGUUUCAGGACUAUCAACACAUCAGCCGAAGAACGUCCAGCAAGUGAUGAAUAUGAUUUUGAUGGGCAACCAGAAUCGUACAAUGUCGCCGACAGAAGCAAACGCUACCUCGUCUCGUUCCCACGCCGUUUUACAGAUUAACGUUCUGCAGAAGCCUAAGACUGCUGGCCUCUCGGAGAGCCAUCUAAUGGCGACGUUGUCGAUUAUUGAUCUUGCCGGGAGCGAGCGUGCAUCUGUCACCAAAAAUCGAGGAGACCGGUUACUUGAAGGUGCCAAUAUUAAUCGGUCCCUACUUGCCCUGGGAAAUUGCAUCAACGCUCUCUGCGAUCCUCACAAAUCGAACCAUAUCCCUUACCGAGACUCCAAACUCACUCGAUUACUUAAGUUCUCGUUGGGAGGAAAUUGCAAAACGGUCAUGAUUGUUUGCGUCAGUCCCUCCAGUCAGCACUACGAGGAGACCCAUAACACCCUUAAAUACGCAGAUCGGGCGAAGAAUAUCAAAACCAAGAUUUCCAGAAAUACAAUGAACGUCAACAGGCAUGUCAGCCAGUAUGUGAAAGCGAUCUACGAUCUCCGAAACGAGGUGGAGGAGCUCAAGAAGCGGUUGGGCGAUUCUACCAAGGAGGCGAUGGAAAAGAUUGUUCGACAGGGCUCUGCCAAAGAGAGCUCAAUCAAGGAUGGAACGAAGAGGCUGAGGGUGGCUUUCGAACAGUCUGGGGGAAUGAGACGCGAAAGGGUUAAUGACCUCAAGAACCUCAGGAUGGUGGAAAGGCGAACAUCGGUGGUGACUGCCUGGAUAGCUGCCUUUGACCAGGCCUUCGAUAGUUAUCAAACUGAGGAUCCCCCAGCUUGCGUAUUGAAGAUGCGUGCUGAGGCACAAAAGGUCAUACUUGAUCUGCGCGGAAACCGUCAGCAUCUCCAGCAAAAACUUGCUAGGCCUAACUGGGAGAAAGUCAUCGAUUCUGCUCUACAAGCGGGUCUGCGGAGUCUGCAAGCCUGUGGUGGAGUUACAGAGACCGAUAUCGCUACAUUGACCUGCGAGGCCAACCUUCUAAGGAUGACUGCUGAGAGAGAUAUCUUGCAUGCGAUGGCUGAAGCUGAUGUGGAUCUCUCGUCAAUGGUCCAUACCCUUUCGAAGGCUCACUUCGAGACUGUUGGCACGAUAACUCGUAUCCUCGAGUCAAAUGUAACGGAGGAGGAGGCACUGGAGAUGGCUAAGAGAUCCCUAUUUGAGGUUCAACAAGGUGCAUCUGAUGCCGCUUCUCACGUUAUCAAGCCGAGCGGAGAGCUGGCUUCGGGCGAGUCUUACGACGUAUAUAAGCCUACUUCGCCGCGGAAGAAGAAGUUCCCCAGAGUAAGCCUGAGUAUGGCUUCCCCGGCGAAGCCAUCUCAACUCCCCCAACUCGGGGUUAUCCAUUCCGCCUCGCCCGUGCGAUAUUCCCCUCGGCCAAUCAAGGUCAAAACCCCGAAAAAGGCCGUCAAGUUUGGUAAGAAGAAGCGUGUGAGAUGGCAGGAUGAGACUGAGGAUUCGUCGUUCACUUUAGAAGAACCGAGAAGAAAGAGAUUGGAGGAGCCUUCAAUUCUCUACGAGGACUCGUCAUCCAUCCUAGUAGCACCCCUUGAGAAUGAACCAUCAUUCUCAGCAACAAGUUUUUCCACAGAGGAAGUACCCGGAAUCAUGCAACCACCCAUCAGACCGAGGAACAACCGUUUAGCAGUAGGUUUCUUGUCGAAAAACAGGGAAUCCUUGGCGGUGGUUCCACCUGCGGAGAUCCCAUUACCCUCAGACUCCCCAUUAAGGUCAUUCGAUACCGACCAGGUUAUCAACAGAGCAAAGACGGACGCUGAUGUUUUAAGUGAUCUCAGUUCAUCAGACGAGGCAAAGCCCUGGAGAUCCCACGCUCGUCCAUCCAAAAGCGCCAUGCGGAAAUCAAUCGUGUCGUCCACCGUCAGUAGGCCAGCAGGCAAGCGGCGGAGCCCAUCUAGCUCGAGCCAGUUGAGCCCUGAUAAUGGGUUGUUCAAGAUUGGGCAUGCACGCAGAAUGCCCCGAGGUGAUAAGGAGAAUGGAAGUAUAACGACGGUGCUGAGUCCUAAGAGCAACGGCAUCAAGACUGGAGCAAGGAGAAUGACUAUUAAUGGGCCAAGCGGUGGGAGCCUUCGAAUCAGCACUAAGAACGCGAUGCUAUUGGGUCAAAUCAGGGAAGGAAAUGAGAGGGAGAGUAUGGCAUUUCCUGGAAAGCAGAAUUGGCGCUAGACGCUUGGUUGUUUAACAUGCGAGAGUUUCUUUUUUGUGAUGUUUGGCGUAAUUUGGGUGAAUUGCCUGUUUUGUUUUCAUUCUCUUCUCUUCUAGUAGUUGGAAAGUUCAUUGAAGUGGAGGUCUUAAUGCCGUCACCAGAUGAAAGUGAGGGUGAAGCUUAUAUAUACCACACAUUCGAGGAAAGAGUGUAGAGAUGGGAGACCGACGAUUCUUUGCGGGCUUCUAUCGUAUGAAUGAAUGCUUCUCCUAGGAUGUACUUUUCUUUUUUCUUUCAUAAUCAGUGUGGAUUAUUCUUUUUUUCCUCUUCCUUGUCUACCUCAUUCCGUUUCACUUUAUAUCGGUCAUGCACUUUCUUUUCCUUUCUUUCGUCCUUUUUCAAGCGGGUCCCGUCAGCACCAUCACGCCGGUACAGUACCUGUGGGAGAAGUUAUGUGCAUGUUUACCUUAGAUUCCGGGGGGUGGCGUUGAGUUGUCAUAAUAUUUUUAAGAAACUAAGAGAGGGUAUUUUCCCUUCAAUUGGAGGCUUUGGGAAGCUUAAUUCGAUUUUAAACUCAGGGCCUGUUCGGUUUGCAUUGUAAAGUACUGUACAGUGCUAAUAUCAUAAAAUAUAAUGCGAUAUUUUUGAAAGCAGCGUAUUUUCUACAUAACAUUUUUUCCACAAUAUUUCGCAAUACCUUUACUUUCCUUACUCCUCAACCUGUAGGCCUCGUGAUGCUUUUCCCUUCGCAUAGGAUGAGUAUAGGAGCAUCUACUACCGGUGGUGUACCGUACAGUACUUCGCUACGCUAUUAAUUUUUGCUUUGGGACUUGCUUUGAUUACUAGGAAAUAUGCCAUUCUCAAAAAUAUUGCAAUAUAUUUUUUUACUGGUAAGUGCCGAACAGGCCCCUAGUUUGAACUAUCCUGUGAUUAAGUUGGAUAUUGUGUUAUCGUUGUGAGUCGUGAGUGCUGGUAUCGUACCAGUACCGUCGCGGGGGAGAGGGGGGGGGGCAGUUAUCGGUAGUGUGCAGGAAUCUGGGGGCUUGCCCAAGUCUUGGCAGGGGUGGAUAGCCCAACCCCACCUUUGAGUGUUACCUUUCCACACGUUUUCUUUCCUGUCCGAAGAGAUUUCUACUAUUACCACCACCACCGCUACCAUACGACACGGCGGCAAAAACAAUACUUGACAAUCGACGAGUGUUUCCAAGAUUUCACCCUUUCCUUCAAGAUAAUUUAACCUACCACCAAAAAAAAAAAAUGACAACGAUCGAAACCGCCCCGACUCCCAAAACCUACACCCUCCUCCUAAAAUCCCACCGAACAACGAUCCUCCUCUACGCCCAAGCAGCGGACCCCCUCUCGCAACUGAAGUCCCAGAUCUACACUCACCUCACCAUCAACGCCGCGAACCUGGAAGCCUUCGAUUCCGGCCUCAAUAUUCCCGGUUCUGCGGACGAGAUCGUGCUCGCGCUACCGGCGGCCGGUGUCGGCGGCGGGUGGGCGGAGGUGGAGGGGCAGGAUAAGGGGAUCUGUACCGUUGCGAGUUUGGGGGUUAGGGAUAGUGGGGUGCUGGCUUGGAGGGUUGUCGGGGAUGAGGGGUUUUUGGUCGAGGUUGCUGGGGGGGAGGAGGAGGUCGGGGAGGAUGGGGAGGGGGAUGGGGAGAGGGAGGAGAAUGGGGAGGAGAAUGGGGAGGAAGAGGAGGAAUAUGAGGAGGAAGAGGAGUGAUCUCUCUUUACUGGUUGGAUCAUCAUGACCCACUCGAAUUGGUGCCUACGGCACUUGCGGUUGUGGUGGUUCGCUGGGCGCCCAUGUAGUUUGUGGGAGAGAGUAUCGCGGGUAUGAUACUUUACUAGACUUUUUUAACUCUUAGCUUUAAUUCCAUCCGGAAGUGUUGAUGUACGUUUUGCAU